AUGCACCCUUUUGCAAGGGCUUUCUUCUCCACACCCUUUGGCAAGGGUUCUUUAAAAAUUCCCUUUUGCAAGGGCUUGCCCUUUCCCAAGGGCUUGCCCUUUUACAAGGGUAGCCUCAAGGGCGUUCUUCCCUUUCUCAAGGGCGUUCUUCCCUUUCUCAAGGGUUCUCUUCCCUUUCUCAAGGGCUUUCUUCCCUUUCUCAAGGGCUUUCUUCCCUUUCCCAAGGGACUUUGCCACCCCUUGGGGUUGGCCUUUCCCUUUUGCAAGGGCAGCUUGACCAUCUUUACCAGCUCCUGCAACUGCAGAAAGGAACUUGCAUUCAGCUUGCUGGCACACAGCCUCAUUUGGUCUUGGUCCCUUGCAAGCUUUUUGAUGUGGGAGAAGAUUGUGGCCAACCUAUCUUGCUUCAAGUUGCUCCAGGUCUGCCACCAGCUCUGGUUUCUGACCCAAGACCUGCAGAAGCAAGGAUUGCUGUCCUUUUCCAAGGACUCCUUUUGCAAGGAUUGCUGUCCUUUCUCAAGGACCCUUAUCCUUCUGCAAGGUGUAGUUCAGGGUUCAAAAACCCCUGUGGAUCCGGCUCUUGGCCAACUGGUGACUCCUCCGGGUCUUCCGGGCCUUCCUGGUCCAGCUGUGCCUGCUGCUGUCGCGCCUGCGCCUGUGGUGAGCGUUGGCGAGAGCCUCAACGAGAACCUGAGGAACUUGGAGCUGCCAAAGCUGCCCCCUGACAGCACUUCGGUAGACUUUGGCGACUGGCUAGCCUUUGUGGGCCCGUGUGGCACGAGCAGUCAGUGGGUGACAUCAACGCCACUCCAAAGGUUGCGCCUGAAGGUGGUGUCUCCUACUGAAUUGGCGAAAUGGCCAAGGACUGAGCAGAGGGCGGUUGCUGACUUUGCGGAGGCGCUACAGGCCGAAGCUGAGCAGUUGUCACUGAUGAGCGCUUCACCGACUUCUACCACGACGGCAUCGCUUCAGGACACCAAGAAGAAGGAGCAGAUCAAAGCUGCUCCCUACGGUCUGAAGGGUGAAUCUUGUGCUUUUGAGCACUCUUGGGACGGCAUCCAACGAAAAGGAGAAGUCCAAGGUGAUGCCGAGGAGGUCAAGCCUGCUGUCCCUGCUGCUCUGGUGUCAGACCUGAGUGGGCUUGUGAAGUCUCUGCAGAGCUUGAAGGCAGUUCACUUGAGGUACAUUGAGUCCAAGGCCGCAGGUGUUUUCUCUGGAGGGCCGCGUCCGUUGAAGGGAAGAACAGAUAGAAGGUGGGCUCUUCCUGACCUGACUUCACUGGAAGCUGAACGAGUUCAUGGAGACUCUGCACUGAUCUUGAAAAUGGCUGUUCUCUACGAGGAGAUGGAGGUGAAUGCGCCGCAGCCAGGGGUCAAUGGCUUCCUCAUGGAGCAUCCGGAAGAUCCUCGUGAAUACCUUGGCGAAGAAGAAUCCAAGGAGUUGCCAAGUGUUUGGGAAUGGCCUGAACUCAACGCGUUUGCGGAGAAGUUCAACAUGAAAACGGUCUCCUUUGAUCAAGGGAUGGAUGAACUACAGAGGUUGCGCUGUGGGAAGAACGAGAAGGGCAUUGAGCCGCUUGCUGCGGAUCUUCCACAACGUCUCAAACAGACCUCUUCCUGGUCGUCAUGGGCUCCGGGUUUGACACAGGCCAUCGAUCAAGGAGUCAAUCAAACAGAUGCCUGCGGCUGGCCUUAA